GCCUGACCUCACUUUCACGCGCUUUCGUGAAGAUGGAACGUGAACCAAUCAAAACUUCUGAUAGAAUGGUAGAACGCAAUUACUUAACUUGUGCAUCGGAGAAUAUCGGUAAGGAAGAUGCUCUCUCGUGCUUUUAAAGAACACCAGACGGAGCAAGCGGCUCAUCGCCAAAAACAAGAACAUUUGAGACGAGAAGCUGUGAUAGCAUCUUCAAGGCUGACAUACAAACUUAUGGACACUCUGAACACUGGUGUAGAGCAAGCCUAUAUUAAUCAGCGGAAAUUAGAAACAGAAGCCAAGCAGCUACAGGCUCAUGCAGCACGGUUUUCUAAGCAAACAGUACAGUGGCUACAGAUGUUAGAGGCAUUCAAUAAAGCAUUAAAGGAACUAGGAGAUGUUGAAAAUUGGUCAAGAGUUAUAGAGGCAGAUAUGACAGCCAUAGCAAGUGCCUUGGAAUAUGCUUAUAAAGGAGAUGGGCCUAAAAGUUCAUAACAGUCGUUUGUGAUUGCUACCUUGAAUAUUGAGAGUAAAAGGCCAUGAUUUCCUGAGUCGGCAGAGUCUGAACGGUGCGCAAAUCUUUCCACUCAGUAAACGGUGUUUACCCAAAUUCUCGGUCCUAUCAUGGUUGUAAAGCAAAAUUUAUAUUGUUCUGUGUAAAGUACGAAAGAAUGCAUUAAAAGUGUUUCCGUAUAAAUUAAUUUUAACCUGAA